AAGCGGAGUUUGCGGCUCUAGUCGGCCGAACAAGGGAAGGGCGUGCUCUUAGCUCGAUGGCGCCGAAGAAGGGUGAGAAGGGCAAGGCGGAGAAGGGCAAGGCAGAGAAGGCGGAGAAGACCGCGAAGGCUGUCAAGGGCGGCGUGAGCAAGAAGGUGAAGAAGAUCCGUACCAAGGUCCGCUUCUAUCGGCCAAAGACCUUGAUCAAAUCUAGAGAACCCAAGUAUCCUCGAAAGUCUGUGGAAUCUCGCGGGGACAAGUUGGACAAGUACCGCAUCAUCCAGUGCCCUGUGACUACGGAAUCUGCCAUGAAGAAGAUCGAGGAGAUCAACACGUUGGUGUUUUUGGUAGACCUUAAGGCCACCAAGCCCAAGAUCAAGGAAGCUGUGAAACAGCUCUAUGACGUGAAGUGUGCCAAGGUGAACACCCUCAUUCGACCUGAUGGGAAGAAGAAGGCAUACGUGCGUUUGACUCAAGACUAUGAUGCCUUGGACGUGGCCAAUCGCAUUGGCAUCAUUUGAGCCCGGUCAUCUUGUCAUGACGGUCGCCUUGAACCGCAAAAUGGAACACAGAGGGUGCAGCAAAGCAACAAACAUGUCCUCAUCAUUUCUGUAGGUGUGGAAUAUAU